CCGCGAGUUUCCAAAUAUUUCGAUAAAUUAUUAUACAUAAUAUUAUGAUUGUGUCUUUUUAAAGCGUUAAUGUGGCAAAUCAGUAAAUAGGAUUGUAAUAUAAUCAUUGAGGCUGAACAUUUCCAUUGAGUUCAUUUGUAAAAUGUUGGAUGCCAAGAAUUUGAGCUUUUAAUGUUUAUAGGUUAACUGUACAUUACGUCAAGCGCUCUCUUGUCUUGAUCCCAGACGACAUAAGCAGCAUGAGUCGACUAAACAGAACAAGGCGCACGCGCGUCUACGAUUGCAACUACAACAAGGGCGAGAGCUACUACCGGCCGGUGUUGGACCGGCUCGACGGCAAGACGCCGGUGGCGCGCGAGCCGGACCGCGAACGGAUCCGCUCGGACGUCGAGAGCCGCAUCCGGAGCGCGUUGGACGACAUCGAACAGCCCCAAGACGACUUCUUCGACUCGAGGGGAGCCCGUGUUGCGCGCGCGCGGCCCUUGGCAUCCACACUCGAUGACGACGAAUUUUCUGAAGAUAUCACAGAAUCACUGAAGCGCCUGCGCGCCGGGAAAAAGCAGUCACGCUUUGCAGAAGACAUAGACUUCGAAAACAGCGUCUCCAACUUGGAAAACCGCGUAAGGAUCUCAGAUAAAAUCUUGGAGAGCGUGGGGAUCGGAUCGGAAGUUUCGGGGGCCAGGAGGGCGCUGCAGGAGAAUGAGGAGCGCACAGAGAAGCGCAUCUCGCGAAGACUGAACGAAGACAACGCGCUGACUAAGUGGACGGCGUUGAAGAGCGAUGAUGAGAGCGCCGCGGCCGCCAGGGCGAAGGUGACGCGCGCCAGGCUGAGUGACCUGGAGGACGAGAUGUCGGAGCUGUCGGAACGCAGCGCGGCGCGGGAGAAGCGCGCGGCGCGGUUGCGGGCACUCGUCGCCGACAACGAGGCUGCCGCUGACUCCACCAUCGCCGCAACCAAGGUCACCAUCCGCGCCGAGAGAGAAAAGAAGCAAGUCACCUUCUAAACAAUAUCGCAACACACCGCCUGAAGGCGCGCUGCGAGCGCCGCACGGCGCAGCGUUCGAUGUACAUCUAACGUUUUAGUAACCACAUAAUAAUUAUUCUAGUCUCCUGCUGAAGUGCAGUGUACAACGAAUGCUGCACCGUCCCAACUUCCGAGCCCGUAUUCGGAAGCCGCUCGAUUUUAUCUAAAACCACACGUUUUAGAACAAAACGAGUUACCAUUUUGGAGAUAGAUAAGUUUGUUAGAACGUGUGCUCCUGCAUUUUUCUAUGUACAUGUACAUGAUCAAAUUGAUGUCUAUUUUAUACUGUGGGAUAGAAUAAAGCGCUAUGUAUUUCCCUGUUUUUAUUUAUUGACUUAAUAAAAUAAUAAAACUGUA